GUUCUUUUUAAAGUACUCAGCAUAAACUAGGCAACCUACUAAUAAUUACUUUUUACACAGAUCAUUAAUCAAAAUCUGGAAGGUCUAGGUAGGAAUCAUGCUGCCAAGCUCCUUUUGUGUUCAUUAGUUCAAACUAAUUUCUUUCUGAGACCUCAGGUAUCUUGGGUCCCAGCACCCUCCUGGCUCUUAAGCACUCCUCAAGUAACUAGUCCCUAAUAAGAACAGAACCCCAGGCUGAGUUCAAAUUAUGAUUACACCACUUUGUGGUGUACUCCUUCAUAGUGGGCAUAUUGGAUGGGCCACAGCAUAUGAAUAAGGAGGAGAAAAUCAUGAUCAAAAGUGAGGCAUUCUCUGUAAACGGAGGUUUGUUCAGAAUUGGCUUCGCUCCACUGAAACAAGGAACCAGCAGAUUUAUCCAACAGUAGAACAUAGUUUUCUGGGAAUUGUGAGCGAAUUCAAAUUAUUUGGGUGCGACUUCAGGCCGCAAAACAGACAGAUCCUCACAUCUCUUGGGAAAACAGGGACGAUGAUUAAACUGAGCCGAAGGUCCCGCUCAAUGCUCUCCUUGGGCCUCAACUCUUUGGCCCUCUGCUUUUCCGUUUCGGCCUUCUGCACCAGCUAUUGGUGUGAGGGGACCCACAAGGUGGUUAAGCCCCCCUGCCUCUCGGCCGUCAAGAAGGGGAACUGCGUGCCCAUCAACAGCAACGAGACGAUGGAUGGGAACGUGACCAUGGACCCCCACGUGGUCCAGUACAUCUGGGAAACGGGCGAAGACAAGUAUGCUUUCCGCUAUUUCCACACGGGCUUCUGGCUCUCAUGUGAGGAGCAUCACGGAGGUACGAAACCAGCCUACAUCUCAGAUGGAGCAGAUUCCAUGAUGGCUGUUAUUACUUUGACAGCUAGGUCACAAGCCCCUCUCCUGUUAGAUAGACAAGAGAGGGAAAGGGGAAGAGUGUUGGCGGUGGGGAUGUGGAAGGUGGCUGUCAAAGGGCAGCAGAGGAGCAGAAUGAGAUGAGGUCUCCACCUCUUGUGAUCUAGGGCCAGUGGUCAUGCAGAACAGACCGCAUGCACACCAUGCAGUUAUAGCGCACAACUUCCCCCGAAGAAUCCUGGGAACUAGCUUGCUCAUGACAUUUGGCAUUGUAGCUCUGUGGAUUCUUUGUAGGGGAAAUGUGCUUUAAAAUAGUGGUGUAGAUCUGGAUUCCUGAUCCACCCCAUAUGUUGUUGGGUUUGUUCUACUCACCUCCCCCCACCCCCCGGUCCUGGGGCUGCAUCCUGGCUCAAAUGAAGCCACCUGCAGUUUAAAAGACAAGUGCGUUCCAAGCCUGGAUGGGGAGUAAAGAGUGGGAAGCCCUCUUUUGCUGCGAGGGGAGAAGGAAAUCUUGACAAACAGAAGAAUGACAUAAUUGUUGCGAUCAGCACCAGCCUUUGGAUAAACUGACGCCGUCUUCUUUCAUUGUUCCACCCUUUUAGAGGAGAAGUGCCGGAGCUUCAUUGAGCUGCCCCCCGAGUCGGAGAAAGGUGAGAUUUGGGGAGGGCAAAACAGGCCAUCUUGUCUAAGGGUGCAAACACAAACGGGAAAUGGCAGAAUUAAUAAUGCUGUUUUAUGUUGAGACAUACCAGUGGCUCAUCCGACUGAGUCCUGUCUGCUCCAGACAUCCAAGCCUCCUCUUGUGGGAGCGGAUGCCAUAGUUUAACUGAAGUGUUUCUUCAGGGCAUAGUUAAACUAUGGAAUUCAUUUCUACUAGAAGCAGAGAUGGCUGCCAGCUCUGAACCUUUCCUCAGAGGAGAGGGCUAAACUUAUGUACAUGAAAGAGCUACCCACUUCCUGAACAUGACUGGCUUUUGUAAUAAAAUUUGACCCCCCCCCAUAAAACCCACCACCAUAGUGGAAAUGCAUAGGGCAGAAACUGGACAUUGGUAGUCAGCACAAUAUUUUUUAAACUUCUGUGCAUUAGGUUUUCCUCUGGACCUCCUAUUAUUUAUUUUAAAUUAUGUGCAUCCCAUAGUGCCUAUAAAAUAUUAUGAUGUAGUAUUGCAUCUGUUGCCCGCUGCUAGACGUAUGUUUCACAAACACUCAGAAAUCACAGAUGGAACCUUUGACACGGGAGUGUUAUUUAAAGCCUGGGAGCUAAUUAAGUUAUUGAAAUUAAUAACUCAGGCUGAACAAUCCUAUACUCCAGAUACGGCAGGGGGCCACUUAGGUCAUCAUAAUGACAUGGGCAUAACUCUCACCAUACCCUGCAGUACUGGAGCAAAGGAUGACAUCUUUGAAAGAUCUUACAAUAUUGGCAACCAGUUUGCAGUUUUGGAAUAUGAGCUUAAUGCUAAAUACUUGCAUUGGACCUAUUUGUUGUGCAUGAACGUUUUACUCCAGCAUUGAAUAUUUUACAUUAAUUUCAAUGACAAAUAGGAAACCCAACCCCUGCUCUCUGUUUACCAUACUUCUAAUUAAUAUGCAGUGUUCCACAGCCCUUUAAUUCACAGGGAAGGAGUACAGCUCAGUGGUAGAGCAUCCAUGGAGCAGAAGGCUCCAGGUUCAAUCCCUGGUGUCCUCAGGUGGGGCUGGGAAGCCCUGCAUAGCUACUGCCAAUCAAUUCAGCAUAAGGCAGUUUUCUGUGUUCCUCUUGUUUCUCUUCUCUUCUACAUCCCGGCUACAAAAGUUGGCUUUAUACCAACCGUCAUGUGUCCCCCACACCAAACAAUCUUGUGAAUCUAGUUGGUGAGGAUUCCAUUAGAGAUCUUCCUCUAUCCCCAAACUACAGCUUCCACGAUUCAGCGGGGAGAAGGAACGACUAUGAAAUCAAUUGAAGUCCGCAGUUUAAAUGUGCCUACAAAACAGGUCACUGUGAUACUCAUUAUUGCCGAACCAAGUAAUGAGGCUGAGCACUAUUUUUUCCUCCUUAGUUAUUUAUUAUGUAUGAACCGAUUCAUUGUAGAGUUAACUCCAUCCCAAAGGCUUGCCAUGUGUUAUCAACAUGUUAAAAACAUCACAAGUGUUAUAAACAGGAAUUUAGGAAGCUGCUGCCGUUCAUCGAGCAGGUUUUCACAGGGAAAGCUCCAGGACGAAAACAAGAGUGCUUUGACAUGGAGCGUUAAUGCCCAGGCCUGUGCCUGGAGAAAGCGGGAAAGCCCUUAUGCUGAGUUAAGCUGCUGGUCCGUCUAGCCCAGUUUUGUCUACCUUGACUGGCAGUGGCCCUACCUGGAGAUGCUGGGGGUUGAACCAGGGACCUUCUGCAUGGGGAACAGGUGCUCUACCACUGAGCUAUGGCCCUUCCCCAGACUCUGUGGGACAUAUCAAGGUAAAGGUAAAGGGACCCCUGACCAUUAAGUCCAGUCGUGGCUGACUCUGGGAUUGCGGCGCUCAUCUCGCUUUAUUGGCCGAGGGAGCUGGCGUACAGCUUCCGGGUCAUGUGGCCAGCAGGACUAAGCUGCUUCUGGCGAACCAGAGCAGCGCACGGAAACGCUGUUUACCUUCCCGCCGGAGCGGUACCUAUUUAUCUACUUGCGCUUUGAUACACUUUCAAACUGCUAGGUUGGCAGGAGCAGGGACAGGAGCUCACCCCAUCGCAGGGAAUCAAACCACUGACCUUCUGAUCGGCAAGUCCUAGGCUCUGUGGUUUAACCCACAGCUCCACUCGCGUCCUGUGAGACAUAUAGCUUGUUUAUAAUCUCCCACUCACCACCCAUGUUACUUUCCAGGGGUGCUGUGGCUCUCCGUUGCCUCCGAAUUCCUUUAUAUUAUCCUGUUGACUGUGGGGUUCCUAUUGAUGUGUUUGGAUGCCGUCUACUAUGCCAACUUCAUUGAUGGGCUCAAGAUCAAUGCUUUUGCAGCUGUCAUCACUGUUCUCUCAGGUAUCUCGAUCUACUCUGCACCUCCAGUAGUCAGCUACUUUCCCCACUAGGUUCCCACUAGCACUUAGACCUAACACUCAUUUUGUAUGGACUUCCUUUUUAAAAAAAUCAUUUUUAUUAAUUUUUCAAUAAAAACACCCAAUUAAUAUAUCCAAUCAUAAUCCAAUUAAAAUAAAAUACUAAAAUAAAAAAGACCAAAUUAUAAUUGUUGAUUUUUCGGGGCUCCCCAUAGUCUGGACCUCUGAAGCAUAUCUUCAAAUCUCCGCCCUGCCUCUCCUCGUUUCCAUAUUUUCCACAUCCUGAUUUUAACGCUUUAAAGAUCUCCGUCCCUGACUCUCCGAUUCUCUCAUUCUGUAUGGACUUUCACCACUGACCCAAACCCCAUCCAUAUAGUACUAGAGAUCAUGGUCCAGUCAUUCCUGUAUUAUGUUCACAUUAUAUCUAAAUGUGUACAAGGAAGUCUCUCUUUUUAAAUGAAAAGUAUUUGGGGAGUGAUUUUGAGUGGGGAAACAGGUGGCAGGCAAAGGUUGAAGCCCCAAAAAUGAAAACAAAACCAUGCAACCCCAAACUGUUCUAGUUUCUUUAUACCCAUUUGUGUGUAAUGUGCCGUCUUCCCCCACUGCCUGCUUGAUGCUUGUCCAUGUCAGGGCCUUCUCAGUGGUGGUGCCCUCCACCAUUGUUGAGUUUGUGUCUGUCUCCCUCAUUGUUGAGUUUCAGGAGGAAUUUUAAAACAUUCCUGUAUACGCAAACAUUUGAUAGCUGAAAGAUACGCUUCCUGGCAACCGUGAGAUCACUGGCCGAAAGACUGUUUGCUACCCUGGGCACUUUUGGGAGGAAGGAUGGGAUAUAAAUUAAAACCACCACAACAUUUCUUAUUCAUAUGUGGUGCCCAGCAAGGCACUCUGCCAGCUUUGUAAAGGGUAAUCCGAGGUAGCUGGCCUCAUUUCCCAGCAUGUGAUCAAUAGUGUGUGUCCAUUGCUAGAGGCAAACAAUACAGUGAAAUACUGAAGCCAUGAGCUAAGCCGGGCCACAAAUGCCUGUCAGUUCAUGUAUUCAGCAGGAUCAAGCCUUGGUAUAGCUUUCUCUAGAAUGUACAAUUUUAAGCUUUCAGGUAGGGAUAGAAUCUCAAGUUUGAGUGUUUUCUCAAGGACACAGUUUCCCAAGCAAAGUAAAACAGCAUUUCAGGGAUUGGUCGGCCCUACCAUUUGGCAAAGUGUGGUGACUGCCCGAGGCAGCAGACACCAGGAUUCUGAAAUGUACAGCCUUACAUUUGUAAGUGAAAUCUCUCAAGUCUGUCAAACUUGCUUUCUGUUGGGCUGCCAUGGCUCUGCUCCUAUUCAGCUCAGACCCCAGAAAGUGGUACCCAAGGGAAGUAAGCGCACAGUGGCUGGGCAUAUUCUGAGUAUCUUUCUGACCACCCCUUCCCAACAGGGCUCCUGGGCAUGGUAGCCCAUAUGAUGUACAUGACCGUCUUUCAGGUGGCUGUGAACCUGGGACCAAAAGACUGGAGACCUCAGACAUGGUAUUAUGGCUGGUCAUUUGGGUGAGUAAAGCCAGCAUGGGAGAGGAGUGGGGUGUGGGUAGGGUAAAUGCAACCCAGGACAGGGCUCCUACACCUUUAAUUAAAGCAUAGCAUCAGGAAUUUCACCAGCUGUAGCUUAAAGGUGCAGGAGCCCCCUUUCCUUUUGAAUCCAGCCACUUUGGGUGUUGGCAUUUGCAUUUGAGAGUAGAGUUGUUGCUCUGUCCAAAGAUGAAAGGAGGAGACGAUAUGGGAAGGGAAGUGGAAAGAGGGGAGAAAGAGAGACAGAAUGAUGGACAAAGGUGGAAGAGAAGAAAUAUAAGAUGGGAGAAGUUACUGGAUGAGUGGACAGUAAAUUAUUGUGACUGAAAGCAUUAGACCUGAGAACCAGAGCUGUCAACUUCCAGAUUUGAAAAUAAGGGAUCAGCAGCCUUGAAAACAAGGGAUCAGCAGCCUCACCUGUCCCGGAGACAGUCUACGGGAUAUCUAACAAUCCGGGAUAGCAGCGGGAAGCAGUGGGAAACGGCACUGAAAUAAGGGAAUUUCCUGCAAAAAAAGGGAAGGUUGACAGCUAUGCUGAGAACCUGUGUUCGGGGUUCCAUUCAUAUUAGGGUUAUUUUGCAGUUCUGCUACUUCUUGCUUGCUGGUUGGGACUUGGGGCUCGACAUGACACAUGCCCCCAUCAGUAGUAAUGCUGCUCCUUCUGCCUCUUCAUUCUGGGAUUUUUCAGAUUUUUUUAUGACAGCUGCUUGGGGUCACCCAGCAUGGAAUCCAAGGCUGACUCUCCCUUAUUUAUAACACCACCCCAUGCUAUAUAGUAGCAAUGUGCCCAAUUUCCAUUUUGUCCCCUCCCCCUGCCCCACUAAAACCCCUAAAUUUGUUGCAUUUGCAUUUUUGCAAGCAAACCCGAAUUCGAAUCAUUUGUUUGACACUCCCUCCUCCCACCCCAAUUUUGUUUUAGCUCUGCUCUUUGGAGCAAACCUUUCAGCCUCUGUUUCCCCAUCUGGUGUCUGACGUCAUAAGCAAAGGAAGCCUAUGGAACAAAAACCCAUGGUUUGGAAAUACCUAAUCAUAUUUGGUUGGUUGGAUUGUUGAUGUCAAAAGGUUUCUGUGAGGGUGAAGAAGAGAGGGUUCGGAAGCACUGAACACACUGACUAUGGGAUGGCAGCCCAUAACAUCUCAUUUAUUGUUUGGUCUAGGCUGGUCCUCUUCCAGCUAUCUAGGCACCAACAGAAGGAGCGGUACAUGAAUGGGUACCUUUUUUUGCUUUUACCUUUCAGCGGUUCUCAACCUGUGGGGUCCCCAGAUGUUGUUGGACUACAACUCCCAUCAUCCCUGAGCUCUGGCCUUGCUAGCUAGGGGUGAUGGGAGUUGUAGUUCAACAACAUCUGGGGACCCACAGGUUGAGAAUGGCUGCAUGACAUGAAUGGGUGAAGAAUUGUGUAAGAACCGGUGUAUACAUGGAAAAGGAGUUUUGGGAAGUCAGUUAUCAUGGGGGAACUGGAUAGAUUUGGCAGUGCAAGAAUGACCUUGAGACGCAUCCCUUUGUACCCCCUCCCCAAUUUCUCUCCCACAGCAUGGCCUGGCUCUCGUUCACCCUUUGCAUGUCAGCCUCUGUGCUGACCCUCAAUACCUACACCAAGACCAUCUUGGAAUUCAAGUACCGCCGGCGGAUUUUUGAGAAGCACACGGCGUCAAUGGGGAGCAGCAGAGGUCCUGGUUCACCCGCUCUGGCCCCUGACCUCGAACGCUUCCUCUGGGAUAAAUAUAUCUUCAGCGUUAGUGACUCUCUAGACUUCUCCCCUAGCCCUCCGGGCCCAAUGGCUCCCUGCAGCGGGCGCAAGGCCUACGCGGGAGGGUAUGCUGGGCUCGCAGGAGGUCACAGUGGAGAUGCUGGUGACGAGGAUGACGGGGAGCCAUGCUAG